CCCCAACUCACACUUGUAACUUUUGAGUUGAGAAUUUACGUUCAAAUUGUAAUCCCACUUCACAUUUUUCUCAAUUUCUCAAUUUCUCUGUCACAGUGUUACAAAUGGAUCAUUCACUGUACAACACCCAUGUAAAACUCUUAGCCUUCGACCUCCUCACUCUCUCCCAAACCUCAUCCCCCUCCUCUUCCUCAGACCCAGUUUCCUUCUCUCGCAAUGGCGCUCUCCUUUCCCGCGCCGAGACCGUGGGCACCGUCACGUCCCGUGACCUCAAACCCAACAAGUUCCUCCGCUUUACUAUCGACGACGGCACCGGCUGCGUCAACUGCAUCCUCUGGCUCAACCAGCUCUCUUCCCCCUACUUUUCGCGCCGUAACCCGGCAGAUGUUCGACUUAUUGCCCAAACGGCGCAGCACUUCGCGGCGGAGAUUAAGCUCGGAGUGGUUGCCAGGGUGCGCGGGAAGAUCACGAGCUAUAGAGGCGUUACGCAGAUCACUGCGUUGGAUGUUGUCGUUGAGAGGGACCCCAAUGUGGAGAUUUUGCAUUGGUUGGAUUGCAUGAGGUUGGCGCGAAAAGUUUACAAUGUCGUUCCUCCAUACAAAUAAAUGUAGAAUUCAAAUUGAAUCUUGAUUAAAUGGGUUUUUUG